CCUUCAUCCGCCCAACCUUUUGUCUGCUUCUGCUUCUGCUUCUGCUUCUGAUUCUGCGUCUCUCUCUCUCUCUCUCUCUCGCUUUAAUACUUUCUCACUGUGACGAAGACUAACAAUAUGAUCUUGAUCUCUCUUUUGCUCUGAUCGUCUCUCCUCGCUGAGCUUUGCUGCACUUCGAUUCUGCAGCUCGCGUUCACAGCACGGCCAUGGCGUCUGAAAUCGAACGAGGAACCGGGAGGGAUUUAGAAAAGGGGCUCAUAAUGACACCAGAACCCAGUCAAAAUAGUACUGCUGAUCCGUCACCUACACCAUCCCCAUCAUCAGUCCCACCUGCUCUUGUUCUAUCCAAUUCUGGGAAGAGGAUCGAUCAGGCUGGUAAGAAGAAGUAUGUCAAACAAGUGACUGGCCGCCACAACGACACCGAGCUUCACUUGGCAGCACAGCGUGGUGACCUUGCAGCAGUGAGACAGAUUCUCGAUGAUAUUGAUUCGCAAAUGGUUGGGACCUUGAGUGGUGCAGAGCUGGAUGCUGAGGUUGCAGAGGUUAGGGUAUCCGUGGUGAAUGAGGUGAAUGAAUUAGGAGAGACAGCUUUAUUCACUGCGGCAGAUAGAGGGCAUCUGGAAGUGGUGAAGGAAUUGUUGAAGUAUUCAAAUAAGGAGUGUCUUAUGAAGAAGAACCGGUCUGGCUUUGAUGCCUUACAUAUAGCUUCAAGUCAAGGACAUCAUGCCAUUGUGCAGGUGUUACUAGAUCAUGACCCGGGGCUCAGCAAAACACUAGGCCCCUCAAGCGCAACCCCUCUAAUAUCUGCAUCCACAAGAGGACAUACAGCGGUCGUAAAUGAACUCCUUGCAAAGGAUUGCAGCUUGAUAGAGAAUACUAGGACCAAUGGGAAGAAUGCACUGCAUUUAGCUGCUCGACAGGGUCAUGUUGAGAUUGUCAAAGCAUUGCUUGAUAAAGAUUCUCAGUUGGCCCGAAGGACUGACAAAAAAGGACAAACUGCAUUGCAUAUGGCUGUUAAAGGUCAGAGUUGUGAGGUGGUAAGGUUACUCCUCGAGGCCGAUGCUGCUAUAGUGAUGCUUCCGGACAAGUUUGGCAACACUGCGUUGCAUGUUGCAACCAGAAAAAAGAGAGUAGAGAUUGUGAAUGAAUUGCUAAUGCUUCGUGACACAAACGUAAAUGCCCUAACCAGAGACCAUAAGACAGCUUUGGACAUAGCGGAAGAUCUUCCCCUGUCUGAAGAAUCCGCAGACAUAAGAGACUGCCUGACACGCUAUGGUGCAGUCAGAGCCAAUGAACUAAAUCAACCAAGAGAUGAACUGAGGAACACUGUAACUCAAAUCAAGAAAGAUGUCCAUACACAGCUUGAACAGACCAAAAGAACCAAUAAGAAUGUUCACAACAUAUCUAAAGAGCUCAGGAAACUCCACCGAGAGGGGAUCAACAACGCGACGAACUCUGUGACUGUGGUGGCAGUUCUAUUCGCAACAGUAGCCUUUGCGGCUAUAUUCACAGUGCCUGGUGGUGAUCAAGAUACUGGAAUGGCUGUAGUGGUGAAGAGAACUUCUUUUAAGAUCUUCUUCAUCUUCAAUGCGAUAGCCCUUUUCACAUCUUUAGCUGUUGUGGUGGUUCAAAUCACUUUGGUUCGAGGUGAGACGAAAGCAGAGAGGAGAGUUGUGGAGGUUAUAAAUAAGUUGAUGUGGUUGGCUUCUGUUUGCACUUCAGUGGCAUUCAUUGCUUCGUCCUACAUUGUUGUUGGUAGGAAGCACGAGUGGGCUGCAAUUCUGGUCACAGUUAUCGGGGGAGUUAUUAUGGCUGGAGUUUUGGGAACUAUGACUUAUUAUGUUGUGAAGUCAAAACGGUCACGGUCAAUGAGGAAGAGGGUGAAGUCUGCGAAAAGGAGCGGGUCCAAUUCAUGGCUUCCCUCUGACUUCUCUAAUUCAGAAGUUGAUAAGAUCUAUGCUCUUUAACUCAAAGGACUUCGAAUUGGGCACCGUGCAACUCUGUUGGAGAAGGGUAAGAAAUAAAAUCAAGACUCAAGAGAUGAUCUGCGGAUUCUAUUCCCAGGUUGAUGGAUUUGAAUGGAUGGUAUUUCGAAUAUUGAGGGCACCUACUUUGCUCGCUCCAGUACGCUGUAUGUGGGGAUCAUGAGAGGCCUUUUGCUCCUGAUAAAUCUCGAGAGUGUAAAAGCGGGAAACCAACGUGAUCGAAUGUUGGGUCUGGCCUCCUGACUUAUGCGCAGCAAUAAUCAGGUAGAUUAGAUUUAAGAAUUGCUCGCUAGUGUUAUGUCUUUCUGUGGAGGAUUUAAGACUUGUAGAAAAGUUUCGUUAUUAUGCCUUAGUUAUGGCGGUGUAAGAGAAGGUCUAUGGCCUGUGACCAAAUUGCUCUCACCUUGAAUGGAUGGUGAUUCCUUAUCAUAUUGACAAAUCUCUUGAGAUGCUUCUCAGUUUUUUUU